AUGGCUUCUUCGAGCGGUGGCGUGCCUCCGGGAUUCCGUUUCCACCCGACUGACGAGGAGCUUCUUCACUACUACUUGAAGAAGAAGGUCUCUUUUCAGAAAAUUGACAUGGAGGUCAUUCGAGAGGUCGAUUUGAACAAGAUGGAACCUUGGGAUUUACAAGAGAGAUGCAGAAUAGGAUCGACACCGCAGAACGAGUGGUACUUCUUCAGCCAUAAGGACAGGAAGUACCCAACAGGGUCUCGGACGAACAGGGCCACCAACGCUGGGUUUUGGAAAGCCACAGGGAGAGACAAGUGCAUUCGCAACGCCUUUAAGAAGAUUGGUAUGCGGAAAACCCUCGUUUUCUACCGAGGAAGAGCUCCUCAUGGGCAGAAGAGCGAUUGGAUUAUGCACGAGUAUCGACUAGAAGAACAAGACAACCAGCCUGAUCACCACGAGGAUGGUUGGGUGGUGUGCAGGGUCUUCAAAAAGAAAAACCUGUUCAAAAUCUCAUCAUCCUCAUCCUCAGCUACUACUGCUGCCACUACUACUACUAUGUCUAUGUCUAUGUCUAAUAACAAUUCUAUUAUUAAUAAUGAAUUAGGCUCCUCCACGACUACUGCUAAUAUGAUGAUGAUGAUCAACUCAUCAUCAUCCAAUAAUUUAUCAUCAGAUCAUCAUCAUCACCCCCAUCUGAUCAACCACAACAUGGCCAAUAAUGCAUUCAAUAUCCGAUCAGAUCACAACCAAUACUACCAACUGCUUCGCCAACCUCAACAUCAUCAGGAAACCGUACCCCAUCUUAAUCUGAUGCAGCAACAGCAGCAGCAAAUUACUUAUCCGACUCACUGCAAUAGCUCAUCCCUACUCCAUAAUCUCAUCCCACCCCACAAGUCUACUCCUCUUUUGCCUGCAUCAUCAUCCUAUGACCACUACGCCGGCCCUGCCCGCGACUGCGAGAGUGGCAGCGACACCGCUCUCCCCCUACGCUACCCGUCCAGUAGUACUUGUGAGCCUCAGCAAACAUCUGGGCUUGAGGCAGCUGGAAGAUCAGAUGAUCAAGACCCAGACCACACAUGGACAAUGCUGGACCGGAUUGUCACUACUAAUAAUACCACAAGUAGUCAUCAUCAUGAUCAUGAUCAUGAAGAUGAUCAUCACCAUCGUCAUCAUCAUCAUCAUGAUCAGUCAUCUAAAGGGGUAAGGACGACGUUUGAGGAUGCCAACAACGUCGACGCACCCUCCGUCUCUCUUUCUGUGGCGUCUCACAUUAAUCCACUAUCUUUGCGUGGGACUGGGGAGAUGGAUUUCUGGGGUGGCUAUACCAAAUAGCCAUGCAUUUACAUGAAUAUUAAUAUUAUUUAUCAUCUACCUUUCUUUUUUUCCUAUAAUUAUUCAUUUGGUUUGGAUCACUAUAACUACUUCUAUACUGUAUACAACAUUAAUAUUCAUACUGCUAUCUACCCUACUACUGCUGCA